AUGUAAAUUGAAUCUGCUUUCUGUAUGCUCAUUUAUGUCGCUGCUGAUUUUUUUGUAUGUUACCCUGAUGCAAAGUUGUUUGAUGUAGUUGCGUUCUAAUGAUAUCUCUCCUGAACUCGACGAGGCUCUGCAAAGGGAGGUAUGCACUAGAGUGUCCUGAGGCAGUUUUGAUGCUUGUGAAGAAGAGGAAUUUUGCAGAGGGAGUAUCAGCAACAGCUAAGGCCAACUUGAAGAGGCUCGUGGGCCAACUAGAGUGUUCUGAGGAAGUUUUGAUACUUGUGAAGAUCGAAACACUUGUUCUGAGUAGUUUGAUGAGGUCGCGUUCUAAUGAUAUCACUCCCGAACUCAAUGAGGCUCUGCAAAGGGAGAUUCAAGCUGCAUUUCAUUCAAAUUCGGAGAAAGUUCCCCAACGCUGCACGAAGGAGAUGCGGGCAGGAAUGAGCCGUCAUCAUGAGACAUUACGGAAAGGCGUCACAAAGUUUCUCGUUAUUGGCGUUCAUCGUGUGCUCCCGUGUUUGUUAAGACUCUCCAUAGGAUACUUGAUAGAAAGCGACCUCUUCUCACAUGGUGUAGUAGUCCUUUGUGAGCUUUGACAUCGUGACAUUUAUUAGCAAAGCCGAAUCUCAAAGUGCUUGCAGGAAGACCGCGUGUGCAGGUGGCUCCGUAUGUGAAUUCAAGCAUAAAAUCGAAGUUGUCAACAAGAUCACCGUUCAGAUGUCCACUUCAAGCAAGAAUUUUGUUAUUGGGAGAGACACCUUUUUCAUGGAAAAAGCGAAUGCCGUGGAAUCAACAAAUAAUCUAUCAAUCGCAGCCAAGAGUUUCAGUGAAAAGGUUUCCAAGAAGACGGUCGUUUCUAAAUUGGAAGAAUUUUGAACACCAAAUAGAAGUGUUCAGUAGUUUCUCUGGUCUGGUUACAUCAGAAAAUGCAUAUAUUGGCAUUUUGCAGUCACUUCAAUCGUAUAAUCUCAAACUGAUUCACCCA